AUGAUACCUAGGGGUAAUACACAUGCUCUUCUUAUUGCAAGGAGCUUUCAUUCAUACAAACCUUGCUUCAGAGUGACCAUCAGAGGUAAACGACAGCGAAGUAAGACUAAGCAGCAAGGAAAAGCUCAAGAAGAUUACACACAACUACUAGACAAUGGCAAAGUUAGCGAAGUCACGGUGAACAGUUCAAUCAAAUCUGCGAAGGACAUAGAAUCGAUAAACAAAGAUUUUUUACACCGAACAAAGGGAUUAGAGCCUAAUAUUGAACUGAAACAACUCUCUCAGAUUAAAGAGGAAUUUCAGCAACGUUAUAGAGAUAGAUACAUUAAACCUUCAGAAACCUGGUACACAAAUUCCUGGCGGUCUUUAGCAAAACCGAAAAUUUCCUCCCACAACUUGAUAAAUUCAAAUAUACAAUUAGACGCACAAUUGAAAUUUUCGAAUCCAUUGGAGUUCCAGCCCGUUCAGCUCAUGGAAAGACCCUUGAAUGUUGGUGAUCUGGUUCUUCUGAGAGUCAGACCAAAUGAAUUGGCUAUGUGUGUGAGUCUUCCAAGUAGCACUAUGGAUCCGCGGUACACCUUUGUCGCUAUUGAUGGGUCCAUGUGUUUUGCGACCAAGAACCGAAUAUUAUUAAGAAUUCCUCACAGAUUACCUGUCGGAGUUAAUUCUCUCAUACAGCCUGAGGAACGCUAUGGGCAUUUACCGAUUGGGACGAUAAAGAACUUUUCCAAUCAAACAAAUAUUUUGCCGAUUGCGGCAAGGCAGAUAAUAACUAGUAGGUAUCCUGCACAGAUUUCUAAAUUAGCGUGGAGAGAUUUACCGUUUACUACGAAAAAAUUGCAGUUACUUCAUAGAUCACUACAAGACUAUAGGGGCCCAUGGCAAAUUCCCUUUUUCACCCUAGUUGGAUUAGUCCAAAGAUUGGACUUAAAUGAAGCCUUGGAUGAUAAAUAUGGAGCAACAUAUUUGGCUAAUCUGUUGGGCACUCAUCAAACUGCUGAUAAUGUACCCAUAAGUUCAGCUACAUUUGUUUCUACAUACUGGGCCAUUAUGCAACAACAGGAAUCUAAUUUUUGGGGGGAAAUACAUCUGAAUACAGCAUUACUUUCCCCUAUUUCAGUAACGGUUAUUCCAUUGAAAUCUCGACAUUUAUAUUACGAACAGGUAGUAGGGAAACUGGAAGCUGACGAUUACAAUGAAAUCAAUCGGUUCGUAAAGCUAGUGAACGAAAGGAAAUAUCGAGACAUCUCAACCUUAUACCCUUCUGUGAUACAAAUGUUAAAGGAUUUUGCAGCCGGGAACUUUCAUAAUAACGGAAUUAUAGUCACUUUGGUCUCCAAGAUAUUCAGAAAGAUAGAACGCUACAAGGAUUGUGAUAUAACAAGAGACAUAUGUCAAGAUCUAAUCAAUGAGAUCUUACCCAAUUCAAUGUCUAAUCCACUGUUACUGAAUAUGGAUUUGGCGUUACCUGCUUCUUCGAAAUUGGUGAGAUCACAGCAAAAACUGUAUGACCUGACUAAUAUAGAAGAUUUGCAAAGGAAAAAUUCCGAUAAUAGUAGUGAGAGGUACGAUUUCGGUGAUCUUAAAGUUUUCUGCAUUGAUUCCGAAACUGCGCAUGAAAUAGAUGAUGGUGUUUCCAUAGAGAAUCAUGGCACUGAUGGAUUGUACACUUUACAUAUUCAUAUUGCGGAUCCAACGUCAAUGUUCCCGGAAAGCACUAAUUAUGAUUCAGAGGGUAUUAUUACUGAUAUUCUAAACGUUGCCCUGGAAAGAUCAUUUACCACAUAUCUACCAGAUGUAGUCGUUCCCAUGUUGCCUAAAUCUAUUUGCAACUUAUCUGAUUUGGGGAAGCAAGGGCAAAAAACAAAAACUAUAUCUUUUUCUGUCGACGUUAAAGUUAUGUCCAAAGGCGACGGGGAAUCUCUCGAGAUAAUGUUCGACAGUUUUAAAAUUCGGAAAGGUAUUGUGUCGAACUUUCCUAAAGUUACUUAUGACGAUGUCGAUAGGAUUCUUAAUACACCUAAUGAUGAAGCGUCACCUGUCAAAAAGGAUUUGGAAAGUUUGUCCAUGGUUUCUAACCUAUUGAGAGAUCGACGUAUAAAGAACAAUAAUGCCGUUAUCUUUGGCGAAGGGUUUAACAAAGGCCUCGUAACGCUAAACGCUAAUGAAGAGGGUGAACUGACGGAGAUAUCGUUUUCAGAUCAAGUGGAAACCCUAUCCACCGUGUUGGUUUCAGAAAUGAUGAUCUUGGCUAAUACUUUAACGGGUAAAUAUUUCGCAGACAACAAAAUCUGUGGCGUAUUUAGAUGUUAUAAGCAGCUACCGCUGGAUAUAAUAGCACAAGAGCAAUAUGAUUCUAUGAUAACAAGUACAAAAAAGGGACUCUUCCCUCAACUGAAAGAUAUUGUUAAGCUUUCGUCGCUGCUGAACUCGAGUUUUUAUACCGGAAGGCCUUUUAGACAUGAAAUGAUUGGAGCUAAACAAUACUUAACUGUAACGUCGCCCCUUCGUCGCUUUCCAGAUCUCAUAAAUCAUCUACAAAUCCAUCGUCAUUUGCAAAAAAAGCCGUUAUGUUUCAGUCAAGUUCAAAUAGAUCGUUUAAUCUGGCCAAUUCAAUCUCGAGCAGAUAUUUUGAAAAGGGCCGGUAGAAAUUCAUCGACAUAUUGGACAUUAAAUUAUUUAAAGAAAUUGAAGAAGUUAGACCCAGAAAAGACCUACGAUGUAAUGAUAACAGCGGUGCCGCAGAAUGGGUUUGUUAGUUGUGUUUUCCCGGAUUUAUCGUUUGCUAGGGGAACAUUAAAACUGCAUCCAAGCGCAAAGCAUUAUCCGAUGAUUGGGGAUAUCGUGAAAAAUUGUAAAAUCUUAAGGAUUGAUUGCCUAGAAGGGAUGUUGGAACUGGAAACGCUAUGA